GUGAAGAACAACGGUACUCGUGUGUCAUAUGUUUCUUACUUUCGUUUCGUGUUUCAAGCAUUAAUUGAACAUUGAUUAAAGUUUUAUCGGGAUAGAGAGUAUGGAGAACGGCGAGUGUAGUGCUCUGGCUGCUGUGGAGCUCAUCACAGUUCAUGAUUUCUGCGAGAAGAUUCUGGAGCAGCAGGUUCAUUUUCAUGUGAUGAAGCUGAGCGGAGGAUUUUUCCUCUGGAUCGGUUCGAACCCGGUUCUGUCCAACCUCGCCGUGUCUAUUGACAGUAAAUAUGUGAAUGCAUGGAUGUCUAAUGAGAUCAGUGAUUAUUAUAUUCAUGUCCCAUGGUGUACUCCAAGAUACUUGGGUGCUUACAAGGAUUCAGUGCCUCUGUGUACUCUUGUGCUGGGUGACACAUCAGACACCACACCAAACACUCUUGCACAGAGACUCACAAAGAAGACAAAGAAACAGGUAUUUGUAAGUUACAAUUUACCCGUGACGGACUCUAAUCUCUUACUGCUGGUGGAGAACAGAAUCAAACAGGAGAUGGAACUUCAUCCAGACAAGUUUUAAACAUCUGCUGUUUUACUCGGCACUUUUUUCUACGGUUUUCUUGUACAUAGCUCAAUAAUUUUCGAAGAAAAUUCUACAACUUCAACUAUACAGUAUGUGCAACAAAUAUCACUGGAUUACAACAAUAUUUGGUCAUUUCUGUUUUUUUUUUGUUUUUCAUGACUCCAAUAAAGAGAUUCUUGCAUAUUAGAAGGUCUUGCUGACAUGCAAAACUUGGAAAUAUCAGGGAAUUAUUAAAAUGGAAAUUCAUAUUUCCACAGUGAGUAUCAUUUUAUUCUAGUUACACUCUGUUCAGAGUAUUUCAUGGGCUAGAUAUUGCUCUUUGUGAGUGCAGUCUCUGGAAAAGUUAAAAAAUCCUUAUCCCAUAAUCACAAACCUGGAAAAGUCUUUGAAAGUCAUUUGUCAAAAGUUGUCGUAACUCUUGUAUUAAAAAAAAAAGACCGGGGCCUGCGUGGCUCAGAGAGUAUUGACGCUGACUAUCACCGCUGGAGUCGUGAGUUCGAAUCCAGGGCGUGCUGAGUGACUCCAGCCAGGUCUCCUAAGCAACCAAAUUGGCCCGGUUGCUAGGGAGGGUAGAGUCACAUGGGGUAACCUCCUCGUGGUCACUAUAAUGUGGUUCUCGCUCUCGGUGGGGCGCGUGGUGAGUUGUGCGUGGAUGCCGCGGAGAAUAGCGUGAAGCCUCCACAAGCGCUACGUCUCCACGGUAACACGCUCAAUAAGCCACGUGAUAAGAUGCGUGCAUUGACGGUCUCAGACACGGAGGCAACUGAGAUUCAUCCUCCGC